AACCUCUUCUGUUGGUAAGAAAGUGUCCCCUUUCGUGGUGAAAACUAUCAACAAGAGUACCCCCUCCCCAGACAUCACCAUCACCAACAAACCAGUACUGUCCAGCAAACCUGGUAAGGCAGUUGAGUCAGAUGAGGACGACUCUCUGGAUAUAGGGGUCAAGAAAAAUAAAAACAAGAAGACAGAAAUCAAGAUAUUGUCUUCGGAGGAAGAUGAGAGUUCCUCUCCUACAACCUCAUCUCAUAGUAGUGAGUCGAGAAGGAAGUCUCUGAGAAGGAAAGUGGUAAAACCUCCCAUUAUUGAUGAUGAAGAUAGCAUAGCAUUUCAGAUACCUCCUAGGGAUGAAUCUGAACCCAACACUAUUGAUGUUCUGGAGAUUUCAUUUGGUCUAAGGGGUCCAUCAGAGGUUUUUAAAGAUUCGAUCUCGAUAAGUAACGCUAAAACAAAAUCUAAACCAUCAAAGAAAAUCGAUGUUAUAAAGAUAGGUCAGGAUGCUCGACAAAAUGCCGUGAAAUCCAUCUCUGAAAUUACAAAUGAUUUAGAUGCUUCUGGAGAAAGUGUAGAAAUGAUUGACAAUCUCCCUGCUCCCCCUGAAAUGAAUCAAGAUGAUGAUCUUCCUUCUUGUGGAUUUGAAUCAGAGUUAAGCAUGACGUUCACAAAUGAACAGUUCAAGGUAGCAGAAGUAAAGAAAAUGGUUAAAGAAUUGCCAAAACCCGAUCUUUCAAAUGUUCAACCGCAAAACGAGGCCAAGUCUCUGAGAAAAUCAGCACUUUCGCGACGAAAGGCUGACGAUUUAAAGGUUUUGGAAACACCCAACCUCCAAACUUUAGCACACUCAGAGCCACCCUCAGCCCCAGUUACACCCUUAUUUUGUGAAGCCAUAAAAUCAAGCAACACUGUAUUGGAAACCCCCAUGAUCCCUAAGAGAGAAGCAAUGGUGUUGGAGACUCCUGUUGUAAGUAUGAAGCCGAAGGAGACUAAGAAACGAAGUAUUGAGUAUGAUCCCAAGGACAAUGAUAAACCCAAACUUCUGCUGAAAAGAGGGCCAGACAUGAUAUCGGUAAAGACCAUGAUCGAAAAUCUCCUUUAACAGAACAUAAAAGAGAGGCCAAUAAGGAUCUUCAAAAUGAGGCUAAACGAGAUAAAUCUAAAAUGAAGGACUUCAUCAGCAAAGUCUCAACAACACCAAUUUCCAAAAGAAAUGACCACUGUACCCCUGUAUCUCGAAAAAACGCUGUUGUCGAAAAGUUUACACAAACCCCAACAAAGAUAAAACCAGCCCCAAACUGACAAUCGACAAGGAUGGCAACAAGACCAACUACACAAUUGAAAACAUAACUGGAGGAGGAACAUGUGCUGGUGGGGGAGGGGGUACAGCCUCAAAACUUACAAUCAUCCAGGAGGGACCAGGUAUCAUGUCCCCCAAACUAAUGAAACACAUUUACGAGGAUGUCCUCCACUCUGACCCUAACAGUUGUGAAGAUCUCAUUAACUCUCUCACUGCUGAUCGUCAAAAUUCUUUGAACAGUGUGCCAGUGCCAGACAAGUCCGCAUCAACAGAAUCACGUUAUAUUGAAGUGGAUCAUCAAGCUCUCAUAUUCGGAGACUCUGUGGAAACCACUGCUACAGAUAAUCCCAACCAGCCUGCACAACAAAUACAGCCUAAUAGUGACAACGCACCUGAUAGUUUGGAGGGAUUUACCUACAACAAUCCUCAGUUCAACGAAAAAGAGUUCAAGAAAACAUUCGGGAUCCUCAACGAAUCAUAUUCGCUGGCUACUGAUAGCAAUGUGAUGGUGUUCGAAGAAAACACGAAUGUCUGCGACGAAGUGAAGCUAUCCCAACUCAGCCAACAGCGUGAACGCAUGAUUCAAGAUUCUCAACCAAAGAUUGUGAAAGAAUCCCCCCAAACAUCACAGAGCUCACAGCCCCACGAUCCGCUGAAUGAAGCCCAAGUUUUUGACACAGUACCAUAUAAGGACAUGACAACUCUGGAAGAUGGUGGCACUACAGUUGGGGAGUUAGUGGGAGAUCUGGAGACUAAGUUACAUCACCCCCUCUCCUCGUCUACUCAGCAAACUAAGGACACCUUGUCUCCGAGGACCCCAAACCGGACUCUGAUCUCAAGUAGUGGUCAGUCGUACACCAGCCAAGAGUUUGCGGUGAUGAGGCAGCAGCUGAAGGAAAAUCAAGCUGAACUUCUUAGAUUGCAGGAGAUCGAACAAGCUGGUGCUGCUGUCGCUGAUACCUUACAACCGGAACUUAUCGUUAAACCUGUGCCUGCUGAAUCUAGUUGCGAGAAAAUCAACGAAACCAUUGUCGAACAAGAGAGCUUCAGCCAGUGUGAGCUGUUUGAAGAUCUAGUCAGCGCUAGUAACGACAUCACAAUCUGCGAGGUGGAGGAACCCACUUCAACCUCAGAUAAAACUGUCAUCUACUGUGGUGGAGAACAGAAGAGAAGCUGUAAAAGCAGAGAUGUGGCAGAGCCAAGAAGUCAGACACUCUCCCAGAGGGGAGGGGGUAGAUUGGAGAUAAACACUGCUGAACUGAUAGCACUGAAUGAGGCUGCUAUUGAAGGUGCAAAGAUUCGUCCUCCUCCUCCAGUAAUGUCUCUGGGGAUUAUCCAGGAUAGUGAGGUGAUGACGUCUGCAGAUAUUAUCUCAAACACAGAUUCUGUUCCAACACAGAUAGAGGGCGUUUCUGGUGGUAGAGAAGAAUGUGGUGAUCAGCUGAAAGUCUCAUCACUACACACACCUGAGAAUAAGAAAGUGGAACUACUUAAUCCUGAACAGUCUAAUACUAAGAAGGCUGUUAUAAGCGGGAUUGUUAAAGAAGUGCCGUCACUGAAGGAUAAUAUCUCAGAAGUGGAGAGGAGAUCAGGAGAGACAGCUGUGAAGCAGUUUUACAUUCCUAACAUUCCUAGACCUGAUAUUAGUAACUCGGACUCUCUUGAUUCUAACUAUGUGCCUCCAUCCCAGGAGAGAUCCCCAGUGAUAGUGAGCAGGCGACCUAGCCUAACAGUUACCCCGGUUAAGAUAGUAAACAUACUGCUCUCUGGUAUGUUGGGGAAGAGCGGAUCUAAAGAGGCUUUUCAGCUCAGAAAAUCUAUUAGAGGGAGUUGUCACGUAAAAUUCAGAGUGUUGACUCAGUACACAGACGCUGUUACACAUCUCAUCUUCCCUCAUAACGACAGCAUGACGUGCCCCAGGACAGCUAAAUACUUCAGAGGGAUAGCUGGAGGAAAGUGGAUCCUGUCCAAUCAGUGGCUAAUUCAGUCUUAUCAGUCUAAAGAGCUUCUCCACGAGGCUCCUUAUGAGAUGCAGGGAGAUACUGAAAGUGGUCGGACCUGCGCACCAAGAUCAGCAAGAAUAGCUAGAGUCCUCAAGCACCCGCCCCUAUUUGCGAACACAAGUGUGUUCUACGUGGGUGACAUCAGAAUCUUACCACGUGACCACUUCUCGUCUUUACUGGAGGCAGUGGGGGUCACUAUUGUUCACUCCCCUGAUAGUGGAUCGAGUAUCUCCCAGUUGACCUACAAGACACAGACUAAAGUGUCCCCUUUGAUAGACUCAGAUGUUACUGAUAUCAACACAUUGAAAGAAGUUUCAGGGCUAGCGCCAAUAACUGCACAGUGGAUUGUUGAGUGUAUUGCUGCCUACAAAGUCCUACCGCCUGAGGAUCUUGUCUGAUAUUAUCUGUGGUACAGUGGCGUAACGGUUCCUAUUGGCGCCCCCCCCCCCCCCGCUGAAAAAGCGCCCCUUCGUUACGCCACUGCUGUGGUAUACAGAUACGAUGUGCUAAAAUGUGGGGUGAAAAUAUUUAUAUUUUACAUACCAGAAAUUUGUGUUGUUAUUUUGAAAUUUCAUUGAUUGUCCAUAGACUUUUGUCUACUGAUUUUAUUUCAAAGUUGAUAUAGAUAUUGUUAGGUUCAGCCAUUCGUGCGACCCUCUGUAAGCUGAAUUUUGUUUUUAAUCAGACAAUUUAACAGAAAUUUGACAGAAAUAUUAAAUGUGACCCUCUGUUAAGUGUUCCAAAACUUCAAAAAUGGAAAAUUCUUGUUCUAAGAAUCUAACUGGUUCAAGUUAAUGAAAUUGUUUAAUUUUUAAUAGCAUGGCUUAGAUAUACAUAGUUUAAAUCGAUGAUCAUUCAUGGUUAGAAUUAACGUUUUUAAUUUACGUUUCCGGUGAAAAAAAUUAUACUUACAGAUUUUUAAUUUGUACGUGUGAAUCUGUUUCUCAAUUGAUUUUUAACAAUAAGAUAUCGAAAUUGUUAAUUCCUUUUUAAAUUGUAAUUUCUAAUUUUUAAUUUAUUUCUUACAAACAA